AGAAAGAAACGCGUCCGACGUCAACAACACUAAUCUGCACCACACACAGCGUCUCUGAGGAUUCCUCAAACGUCAAGAAAUGGAUCCAACCCGCGUUCUGGUGACAGGCGGCUGUGGAUUCCUAGGUACUGCCAUCGUCUCCGCACUCUUACGCAGCAAGAGAUACUCCAUCACGGUCAUAGACGUCAAUCCGCCCUCGCUUGGCAGCGACACCUUCACCAAUAGCGUACGCUAUGUCCGCUGCAACAUCAUGGACUCAUCUUCUCUGUCCAGUGUUUUUUCCGAAGCUCGACCUGCUGUCGUCAUUCACACAGUGGGUGUCUUCCCUCUAGGCACGAAGCGAUACUCCAUGCGGGGCAAAGACGCCAUCUUCAAGAUCAACGUCGAGGGAACAAGGAAUGUUGUUGAAGCAAGCAGGGAGUGUGGUGCAAAGGCUUUUGUGUACACGAGUAGUGUGACUGUUGUUCUGGAUGAAUUGGAUCGCGAUUUCAGGAACGUAGAUGAACGUUGGCCCACAGGUGGUGUGCACACGAGCUACGGACAGAGCAAGGCACUCGCAGAAUCCAUUGUUCUUUCCGCAAAUACGCACGACUUCGCGACUUGUGCUCUGCGUUCGGCCCCCAUCUUUGGCCGCAAUGACACCGUGUGCAUCCCCACAAUACACUCGUGUAUCUCAGCGUACCAAACGCCCUUCAUCCUAGGCACAGGAACCAACCUGCAAGAUUUUGUUUAUAUAGAAAACGUAGCAGACGCACAUGUCCUCGCCGUCGGCAAUCUGCUAAAUUCGCAAACUGCUGCUGGUGAAGCCAUGUUCAUUACCAAUGGCGAGCCUGUCACAGCGAGGGCCUUGUGUCUAGCAGUAUGGAAGGAAUUCGGUCAUGUUCCAAGGUUCCACGUUAGAGUUCCGGAAGGGUUGACGUGGUGUUUGGGUUACUGUGCUGAAUGGGUUAGUUGGAUGACGGGGACAGAAGGAGUGCUUAGUCGGGGUAUUGUGAGUGACGGAUGUCGCGAUCGCUAUGUCAGUAUUUCAAAAGCAAGAUUGUUGUUGGGUUACAAACCUCGAGUCGGCUUGGAAGAGGGUUUGAGAAUCAGCUGUGAGCAUUACAAGGCGAAGUUGGGAGGAAGGAGGAAGAAUUAAUCCAAGACACACCGGGCCAUAGUGAGCGUGGUUGUGUCAUAUGAAAUCGACCGUCUGAACCUUUCUCUCUCCGAUAAGGGAUGAGUGAUGCAAGAGCUGUUGCAUUCACGAUUGUUGUAAAAAGAACGUGUUGAGAUGAAUCAUCGUAUGCCAUUGUUCGUCAUAGGUUGUAUGGUUCGGGAAAUCAUUUCCCAGCAAGUUCAUUCGAGUUACUAUCAUACUCGUCUCUACUCAUUCAACUACCUAAUUCACGACCUCUUCGGUCUCAUCGAUGAUCUCCUCUACAAUCUCCUCAAUCUCUUCCUGGUGCCCAUCAUCCGCCUGACCAGGCG